AUGGGCCAACCGAAUCGCAAAAAUAAAUGGAGAAGCCAUUUGGCAUUUUGGUUAUUUGGGGUGUGUAAUAAUAUUGCAUAUUCAUUGAUGCUUGGCGCUGCUGCGGAUAUUAUAAAUCGAGACAAAACCGAGAUAGAAGUGGCGAAGAAUUCGACGUGUUUGGCUCCAAGCCAAACCCGGAAAUGUGACGGUCAUCAAUCGACUGGGAUUGUGUUAUUGGCCAACAUCCUCCCAGCACUCGCCAUUCAAAUCAUGGCCCCGAUUUUUCUGUCGCACAGAUUGAGCUUUACGUGUCGUCAGCUAAUCGUCGUUGGCACGCAGGCUAGCUCGCUGCUUUUGGUGGCUUCGACAAAAUCGUUCGGCUGGUCGCUUGUUGGCGUGGCGUUAACCUCGUUCAGCAGCGGUUUCGGCGAGUCGACCCUCGUCUCCCUGGCCUCACACUACCCCAAAAGCACACUGAUGGCAUGGUCGAGCGGCACCGGAGUUGCAGGAAUUUCCGGCUCGUUCCUCUACGCGGCUCUCACAGAGCCCCAUAUGGCAAAUCUUUCGCCGGAAACUACCCUUCAUUUAUCGCUAUUCAUCCCGCUAAUAUUCGCCGUUGCUUUUUGGGUGAUUUUGGAUCAUCCUGGCGGAAUUUUCGCGCUUUUUAAAAAGCAAAAACUGUCAGCGGCGGAGAUGAUAGAAGACACCAGCAGUAAUGAAAAGAUGGUCGAGGCGCAGAGAAGCGCUUCGCUCAAAGAAAGGAUAUAUUUGAUUAAGCCUCUACUUCCCUAUAUGAUUCCUCUUGCUCUUGUCUACAUUGCCGAAUACACGAUAAACCAGGGCAUUACGCAAUUCCUGCUAUUCGACUGCGCUACCGGGCUCGGGUUGACCCGCGAGAGCCAAUAUCGUUGGUAUAGUGUGCUUUAUAACAUGGGCGUUUUCAUCUCAAGAUCGAUGGUUUGCAUCACAAAUAUGCACAGCAUCGUCAUUUUGAUACUGCCGAUCUUGCAGACAGCCAACCUUGUAUUUUUCUACUUUGAAGCCUUGAAUUCCUAUCUUCCCCACAUCGGCAUCACAUUCUUGUUGAUCCUCUUUGAAGGUCUAUUCGGUGGUGCUAGUUAUAUCAAGACCAUCAACGAUGUUCACGCCAAGGUCCAACCGGAUGUCCGUGAAUUCUCGCUAGCCAUCGUCACGAUCUCCGAUUCGGCUGGGAUUAUGAUUGCCGCGUUUUUAGCGAUCGGGCUCCACAAUCAACUUUGCGAUCAGCUUGCGGUGCUC